CACGUAGCCUCCGCGCUCUACGGUCCUGUGUAACGUAACAAUCACACGCGCGCCGCCGCGAGUCCAUGUGACCGACCGAUAGUUUUUCGUUGUGCACUGUGAACGAAGGAAUCGGCAAGCUGUACGCGCCGCAGGAAGACGACAUGCUGACGAUGGAGACGGAUCUCAAAGGCGGCAGCCUUCACGCAACGGUGCCGCCGCACCAUGCACUCCAGCACGGCUAUGGGUCGCUGGGUGCGCUCGGCGGCAUGAUGGCUCUGCCACAGCAGCAGCCCCUCGGACAACAUCAGCCACUACAGCACCAGCAUCACCAGCAACUGACCCAGCAUCACGCGCCGCCUCAGCAACAACACCAUCAAACACCUAACAACAAUAACAAUAACACUAGCAAAAAUUCCAAUGCCGAACGUGUUAAACGUCCGAUGAACGCAUUCAUGGUGUGGUCGCGCGGGCAACGCAGGAAAAUGGCUUCGGAUAAUCCGAAAAUGCACAAUUCUGAAAUAUCUAAAAGGCUCGGUGCUCAAUGGAAAGACCUUUCUGAGUCAGAGAAGCGACCGUUCAUUGAUGAAGCGAAAAGACUUCGCGCCGUUCACAUGAAAGAACAUCCUGACUACAAAUACAGGCCUAGGAGGAAGACGAAGACCCUGGCUAAAAAACAAGAAAAAUACCCACUCGGUGGAGGCGGAUUAUUGGGAGCCACCGAGGCACAGAGGUCAGCCGCGCCAACGGCACAACAACCCCGCGACGUUUAUCAAAUGACACCAAACGGUUACAUGCCCAACGGAUAUAUGAUGCACGACCCCAGUGCGUAUCAACAACAAGCAUAUGGAUAUCCUCGCUACGAUGUAUCACAGAUGCAACAGGGAGGCUACGGCGGAGGCUACUAUGGCGGCGGCGGGCAAGGGUCGCCAUAUCUCCCUCAACCGCCAUCACCUUCGGCAUACGCGCUGGGUCCGGGAUCGCCGGGCGGGUAUGCAUUGCCGCCGUCGUGCGCGUCACACUCUCCCAGCGGGUCGUCGGCCAAGUCGGAACCGGUGUCUCCGGGUCCGCCAGGAAUGAAGCGCGAGUUUAUUAGCCACGAGCCACCGGCGCAGCUCAAACGCGAGUUCCCGCCGCACCCCCAGAGCCACGAGCAGAUGACAAUGAAACGCGAGUACGGACAACAGGACUUGAGCCACAUCAUCAACAUGUACCAUGUGCCUGAUGAGCAGCGGUACGCCGCCGUCGGGGAGCGCACGAUGCCGCUCAUCUGAGAAUCGCCGUUCGCGUGCGACAUAGACAUCCCGCCGCUCUGAGCCGGCCGUGUCGCCGCGUCCCUCGCCUCCAGUGACUUUGUUCCGGAUCGGUUUAUGUGUUAGAACAGUGACCGUUACCUCCCGGCCGUACAUACUACUGGGUAUGUCUGUUUGUUUGUUUUGUAAAAUACCGAGGCGGUUAGUGUUGCUCGAACUGUGUUGACUUAGUGCGUCGUCGGUUCGCCGCCGACGGCUCCACUUCAAUUCAAUGUUGUUGAUGAAUUAUCUUGUAUUAUAUUACGAUUAUUGUAUUUUUUCAUGGUUUUAAGUUAAAAUGUUUUAAGUUGUGCCGUGCGGAUGUAAGAAAGGGUCGGUGUGAUGUCAGCGCGAGAGAGGACGUAGUGUCUGGGGUAAUUCGAAUACCAAAAAAAUUUUUGAACAAUUUGUAAAUAUAGUGUAAAAGCUAGAACUGAGGUCGGAGUUAGUCGAUAAAGUAGGUAGAUGUAAGUCGUGCCACGACGCCACACUCCACGCCCGUCGUGCGUUGUACAAAAUAUUUGUUAUAAUAAAAACGAAAGUUAAUAAUAUUCCUGGAAAGACUAAAAAAUAUUGUAAUACGAAAAUGUACAGUGAGUGUUAUUUAGUCAGUGGACACAAAAGUAUAUUGAGGAAAAGAUGACGUUAUCAAUAAACGACGAGUUAAAAUUGUA